AUGCCUGCGGCUGCGAGCCGUGAUUGGCAGGCCGCCACCACCCCGGGAGUCGCCGCCGCCGACCCCCCGCUGAGCUUCUACGAAAAGAUCAAGCCCGUCUUCGCCUGCGGCGCCGGUCUCUUCUCCGACGGCUACAUCAACAACGUCAUCGGCUCCGUCAACACCACCCUCGCCCGCCAGUACGGCGCCACCUACACGGGCUCCACGGCCGCCAAGAAUGUCUCGUCCAUUGCCUUUGCCGGCACCGUCGUCGGCCAGCUCUUCUUUGGCUACCUCUCGGACCGCUGGUCCCGCUCCAACGCCCUGCUCGUGUCCACCAUCAUCCUCGUCCUCUUCACCGCCCUCGCGACGGGCUCCUACUACAAGGGCGAGGCCGCCGGCAUGUUCGCCAUGCUCACGGCCUGGCGCUUCUUUGUCGGCGUCGGUAUCGGCGGCGAGUACCCGGCCGGCAGCGUGGGCUGUGCCGAGUCGACCGGCGGGCUGAAGUCCGGCUCCCGCAACCGCUGGUUCAUCCUCUUCACCAACUCCAUGAUCGACUGGGGCUUCGUCAUCGGCGCCUUUGUGCCCUACGUCGUCGCCGCGGCCGCCCACGACACCUACUACGAGACCAUCUGGCGCACCAGUCUCGGCAUCGGCGUCGUCUUCCCCAUGUUCCUCUUCUACCUCCGCCUCAAGCUCAAGGAGCCCGAGGAGUUCCAGACCGAGAACAUGAAACGCAACACGCCCUACCUGCUCGCCUUCAAGUUCUACUGGGCCCGCCUGCUCGCCGUCUCGCUCAUCUGGUUCAUCUACAACUUUUCCGUGUACGCGUUUGGCAUAUAUUCGAGCUCGAUUCUCUCUGGCAUCUACUCGGACGGUGCUCCGCUCACAACUGUGUUCGGGUGGAACACUGUCAUCAACUUGUUCUACAUCCCCGGCACGCUCAUCGGCGCCUUUGUGAGCGACUGGCUGGGCCCCAAGUACACCCUGAUCCUGGGCCUGUCGCUACAGUGCAUUGUCGGGUACAUCAUGGCCGGCGUCUAUGCGCAGAUCUCGCAGAACAUCGCCGCCUUUGCCGUCGUGUACGGUAUCUUCUUGUCCCUGGGCGAGUUUGGGCCUGGAAACAACAUCGGGCUGCUCGCGUCCAAGACCUGCGCCACCGGAGUGCGUGGGCGAUACUACGGCAUCGCCGCGGCAGCCGGCAAAGUGGGCGCAUUCGUGGGCACGUGGGCCGCUGGUGGUUCGGAUGCGGUCAAGUCGGCGCAGUAUCCGUUCUGGGUGGCGGCAUCGCUAUGUGUGCUGUCGGUGGCGAUCGCGUUUUUCUUCAUCCCCAACAUCGAGCAGGACACGAUCGCGCAGGAGGACCUACGGUUCAGGGCUUAUCUCGAGAGCAAGGGAUGGGACACGAGCCUGCUGGGCGCGGGAAGCAAGGUCGAGGAUGGGAGUGCGACCAUGGCCCGUUUCUGGACCCUGGACGGACUCCUUCAGGGAGCCGGAAUCCCGGCCCGCGACCGCGAGACACAGCGACUGGUGGGCAGCGUCGGCUGA